AUGGGAACACUUCACACAAUAGCAACACUAAGAUUGUGUUGCUUCAUAAUUGUGUUGCUAUCUCAAACAGUUACUAUAGCGGUUGGCGAUUUUAUAGAUCAGAAGAAUCUUACAACUAACUCAAAAGAUGAAGUGAAGUGCACGCCGUGUGGUCAAGUUCCAUCUCCGCCGCCACCUUCUCCACCUCCGCCAUCACCGCCGCCUGCUUCCACCGGUAACUGUCCUCCGCCUCCGUCACCACCGAGCUCCGGUGGUGGUGGUGGUUCAACUUAUUACUCUCCACCACCGCCGUCGGUGUACUACUACUCAUCUCCACCGCCUCCGGCGAGUGGUGGAGGUGGUGGAGGUGGCGGUUAUUAUUAUCCGCCACCGACUGAUGGAAGUGGGGGUGGGAAUUAUCCGACUCCACCUCCACCGAAUCCAAUUGUGCCGUAUUUUCCAUUUUACUACCAUACUCCGCCGCCGUCCACGGCGGCUCUGGUGAAGGGAUCGAUAAUGCUCUAUGCUGUCUCUCUUUUACCUAUUUUUCUUGCUUUCUUUUAA